AUGGCGGAAGCAAAGCCUGCGUCCCAGAAGAUCUGGUUGGUCUCCAACGACAACGCGACCAUGGAAGUCGACCGCGCCGUCGUUGAGCGAUCCAUGCUCUUGAAGAACAUGUUGGAGGAUUUGGGCGGUGCCGACGUCAGCCCUGAGAACCCAAUUCCCAUCCCCAACGUGAACGAGGCAGUGCUGCGAAAGGUCGUCGAGUGGUGCGAGCACCACCGCAACGACCCCGUCGCCGCUCCCGAUGACGAGUCGGAUGCCCGCAAGAAGACCACUGAUAUCGAGGAGUGGGACCAGAAGUUUAUGCAGGUUGACCAGGAAAUGCUUUUCGAGAUCAUCUUGGCCUCAAACUUCCUUGACAUUAAGCCGCUCUUGGAUGUGGGCUGUAAGACCGUGGCAAACAUGAUCAAGGGCAAGUCCCCCGAAGAGAUCCGCAAGACUUUCAACAUCACAAACGAUUUCUCAGCCGAGGAGGAGGAGCAAAUUCGCCGUGAGAACGAAUGGGCCGAGGACCGAUAA